AAUUACCUCUUUUCAUGGAGAGCGGUGCAGAUGUAAAUUUAUCCCUUGUAGAAGUAAAAAAAAAUCUUUACAAGUUCUUAUCAAUUCUAAGAAAAGUAGGAGUUGUCAUGUUGAAAACGAUGUUGGAAAAGGUUCUUAUAAUUGGUACAGGGAUGACUGGUGCCUCAGUUGCUUCUUUACUACGUCAUGAUCUGAGUAAAGCAACUGCGAUUUCUAUGUGGGAUAAAAGCAAGGGCAUAGGUGGACGUAUGUCAACAAGCAGAUGUAACAAAGAUGGUCGCUGCACUGUAGACCUUGGAGCUCAGUAUAUUUCUGCUACACCAAAUUUUCUACAGAGCCAUGCCAAUUACUACACCGAGUUGACUGAGAAAGGGGUAUUGCGAGAACUAAGUACUAAUAUAGAGGGACAUCAGGAUAAGGUUGCAGGGACCAAACAUUUUGUGACGCCAGAUGGUGUUAGUGCAAUUGUAAAAUAUUAUGUGAAUAAAGCAGAUCCAGUACUUGGAAAAGGAUACCUUGUCAAAGAUGUUUCUAUAGCAAAUGACAAGGUGAAGGUCACUACAGAUGAAGGUCAUUCAGAACACUUUGAUGCUGUAGUAAUAACAAUGCCAGUAGCUCAGAUACUGCAGCUGCAAGGAGAUAUAGCUUCCCUGAUUGAUGAUAAAGGUGUUCGACCAGCCCUACAAUCUGUAAGUUACUCUGCAAGAUUUGCUGUUGGGUUAUUUUAUGAGCCUGGAACAAAGUUAGAUAUUCCUUGGUCAGCAAAGUAUGUGACAGAUAAUCAAUGUAUAAGAUACAUAUCUGUUGAUGAUAGGAAGAGAGGAAAAAGUUCAAGUGAUGUCGGACCAUCUAUCUGCAUUCAUACCAGUGCUCCAUGGGGUCUGAAAAAUAUUGAAAUGGAUAAAGACAAGGCUGCUGUUGAGAUAUUGAAACAUUUACAAACUUUGCUCCCAGGGCUGCCCGAUCCUGUAGAGGUCAAAGGUCAUAAAUGGAGGUAUUCUCAGGUGCAUAAAGCUUACCCAGACAGUCCAGGUUGUGUUGUUUUAUCAGAGACCCCAGCUAUUAUUCUAGCAGGAGAUGCUUUCACUCAUUCUAACUUUGAUGGAUGUGUAGACUCGGCUAUCUCUGUGCAGCAAACAUUAGCAAAAUUAGUCAAAUCUAAAGUGUGAUAUAUUUAUUUGUUAUAUAUCUGUGAUAUUAUUGAUGAUAUUAUGUCUACCUUUGUAUUAAAAUACCUUCUCAGGAAGUUAAAUUCUU